UCACCACCACUACUACCAUCAUCCUCACCAUCACCAUCACCACCACCAUCAUCACCACCAUCACUACCAUCACCACCAUCACCACCAUCACUACCAUCACCACCACCACCAUCAUCCUCACCAUCACCACCACCAUCAUCACCAUCAUCAUCCUCAUCAUCACCACCAUCACCGCCAUCACCACCAUCACCACCAUCACUACCAUCACUACCAUCACCAUCCUCAUCACCACCACCACCACCAUCACCACCAUCAUUACCAUCACCACCACCACCAUCAUCCUCACCAUCACCACCACCAUCAUCACCAUCAUCAUCCUCAUCAUCACCACCAUCACCACCACCACCAUCACCACCACCAUCAUCACCACCAUCACUACCAUCACCACCACCAUCAUCACCACCAUCAUCACCACCAUCAUCACCACCAUCACUACCAUCACCACCACCAUCAUCACCACCAUCACUACCACCACCACCAUCAUCCUCACCAUCAUCACCACCACCAUCACCAUCAUCAUCCUCAUCAUCACCACCAUCACCGCCAUCACCACCAUCACCACCAUCACUACCAUCACCAUCACCACCACCAUCAUCACCACCAUCAUCACCACCAUCAUCACCACCAUCACUACCAUCACCACCACCACCAUCAUCCUCACCAUCACCACCACCAUCAUCACCAUCAUCAUCCUCAUCAUCACCACCAUCACCACCACUACUACCAUCAUCCUCACCAUCAUCAUCACCACCACCAUCACCACCACCAUCACUACCAUCACCACCACCACCAUCAUCCUCACCAUCACCACCACCAUCAUCACCACCAUCACUACCAUCACCACCACCAUCAUCACCACCAUCAUCACCACCAUCAUCACCACCAUCACUACCAUCACCACCACCACCAUCAUCCUCACCAUCACCACCACCAUCAUCACCACCAUCACUACCAUCACCCUCACCAUCACCACCACCAUCAUCACCAUCAUCAUCAUCAUCACCACCAUCACCGCCAUCACCACCAUCACCGCCAUCACCACCAUCACCACCACCACCAUCAUCCUCACCAUCACCACCACCAUCAUCACCAUCAUCAUCCUCAUCAUCACCACCAUCACCGCCAUCACCACCACCACCAUCAUCCUCACCAUCACCACCAUCAUCACCAUCAUCAUCCUCAUCAUCACCACCAUCACCGCCAUCACCACCACCACCAUCAUCCUCACCACCACCACCAUCAUCCUCACCAUCACCAUCACCACCACCAUCAUCACCACCAUCACCACCAUCACCGCCAUCACCACCAUCACCGCCAUCACCACCAUCACCACCACCACCAUCAUCCUCACCAUCAUCACCA